AUGGCUGAUACCGCACAACGACACCCGAAUCUUCACCUCACACCUGAGGAAAAGCGCGUUUUCUUCCAGCUUUUCCAGGCUGCUGAUACCACCAACCUCGGCGUCAUCACUGGUGAAAUCGCCGUUCCAUUCUUUGAGAAGACUCACCUAUCCCCUGAUACUCUCGGACUGAUAUGGCAAAUUGCGGAUAAAGAGAACAGGGGUCUCCUGACCCCGUCUGGCUUCGGUAUUGUUCUGCGGUUAAUUGGACAUGCCCAAGCUGGCCGUGCACCCUCCGAUGAAUUGGCUCUACAAUCUGGCCCCCUGCCUCGUUUUGACGGAAUUGUCGUCGACACAACGGCGAGCAUCCCGGAAUCGGGAACCAAAAGCCCUCCACCUGGAGCGGCUGGACCUAUUCGUGUUCCUCCACUUCAGCCGGAUGACGCCAACAAAUUCGUCUCCCUCUUCGAGAAGUCGGACGUCAAGAAUGGGAUGAUCUCAGGCGAAAUCGCAAAACAGAUAUUCGAACGCGCCCGUCUCCCAAAUGAGGUUCUGGGUCGUAUCUGGUUUUUGUCUGACACUAAGCAGCGAGGUGCCUUGGAUGCCACCGAGUUUACCAUUGCCAUGCAUCUCCUGACGUCUUAUAAAUCUGGCGCCCUGCGCAGUAUUCCAGCGACACUCCCACCUGGUCUGUACGACGCGGCAGCUCGAAGGGGAUCCGCCGCACGGGGGUCUUUUGGCUCGAGACCCGAGGUGCCCCCCAUCCCGGCCAUUCCCCAGCAAUUUACUGGACCUCAGCGAACCACAAGCCCUAUGAACCAAGCCAACCGCUCGCCUUUUGUAGGCUCUCUUUCCGCCCAGGCCACCGGGGGUGACUGGUUGAUUACCCCACAAGAGAAGGCCCAGUUUGAUAGCAUUUUCGAGACUGUUGAUACAGCCAAGUUGGGACUCAUUACUGGAGAUCAAGCUGUCGCUUUCUUCAUGAAGGCUCAGCUCCCUGAAGAAACGCUUGCUCAAAUCUGGGACCUUGCGGAUAUCGACGCAGAUGGCCAGCUGAGCCGGGAAGAAUUUGCCGUGGCUAUGUACUUGGUGAGAUUGCAGCGUAGCGGUAAGGAGCAGCUUCCACAAGUGGUCCCGCCCGCGCUCAUCCCGCCCAACAUGCGCCGCCAAGUGCCGGCACCAAUGGCAACCCCCGCACCUCCCCCGGCGCCCGCCCCCGCAGUGCGGACAGCUGCCGAUGAUUUGUUCGGCCUCGAUUCGCCCGCGCUGCCAUUCGCCCAGCCUCAGAUGCCUCAGUCCACAGGUGGCUCCAGUAGUGCUUUCCAAACACCAGGCUCGCCUUCCUCCAGAGCAUCCCCUCAGACGGCAUCGCACACCUUCAAGCCUUUUGUUCCAACUUCUACAUUUGGCCAAAGCUUGCAGCCACAGAUCACUGGUGCAUCAGCCGGAACCCCGACAGCAGUUCGCUCACCCCCGCCUCCUUCGGAUGAUCUCCUUGGUGACAAUGAUCCCGAAGAAUCUAAUAAAUUGACCAAUGAGACUACUGAGCUCGCGAACUUGUCCAACCAAAUCGGUUCUCUGGCCAAGGAAAUGCACACUGUGCAGGAGAAGAGGACCUCUGCUGAACAAAAUAUUACACAAACUUCGCAGCAGAAGCGUGACUUUGAGGCACGUCUUGCGCAAGCACGGUCAAUGUACGAGCAAGAGGUUACCAAUUUCAAGGCGCUUGAGGAGCGCCUUAAGUCAUCCAAGGCAGAGACGCAGAAACUGCAGCAGCAAUAUGCAUUGCUGGACGGCAGCCGCCAAGAUCUGCACAACCAAUACACGCAAGUUUCGACAGCCUUGGCUACCGAUGAGCAGGAGAAUGCCAGCCUGAAGGAGAAGAUCCGCCAGGCCAAUGCCGAAGUUGCCCAGCUCAAGCCGGCACUAGAGAAGGCGCGAUCUAGUGCGCGCCAACAGAAGGGUCUUGUUGCCAUUAACAAAAAGCAAUUAGCUACCGUCGAAGGCGAACGGGACAAGCUCCAGGGUGAAAUUGACGGUCUGGCUAGUGAGACCCCACAGUACUCCGAGGAGUCUGCGACACCGGCCGGCAGUGUGGCCGAGGUUGUAAGCCCUACUGCCUCUACGGCAAGCCAAAACACAAACCCGUUCUUCCGUCGAACAGGUAGCUCGAGUGAACAGGCACGGUCCCCCGAUGUCUCAAAUGACCAGCAAAGAGCAUUUGACAGCCUCUUCGGACAGUCAUUCGCAGCUGCCCCAGCUGCCCCUGCUGCCCCUGCUGCCGGACCACCACCCACUUCGUUCCGCUCCGAGUCGCCACAAGUUGCGGUUGCAUCUCCUAUUACCUCUGUUGUUACGACUCCAUCAGUCUCUCCUCCCCCUGGCACUUUGCCUGGUGCAUUCCCUGCUGGGCCCUUCUCUGAGCCACCGCCUGCGAGCCAGUCCCGACAACUGACCCCGAACUUCCUGCAGUUCAACGAUAAUCAGUCUUUGACUUCGUCUACUAUGGUCUCGCCUCCCGCAAGUCGAUUCGGCGGCCCUGAAACCUCUGGAUUCGGUACGCCUUCUCUGGCGGGUACCAGUGACUAUGGGCCUCAAUCAGUGGCAGAAUCUAGCGACUACAGUCGUGUACCGACAACUCUUGAAGGUACUCCGGUACGGUCUCCGUUUGAGGAGGAAGGGCAAGACACCUCGGCUAGGUUCCCUGAGGUUCCAGCCGCAACUGCUCAGCAGCCCGAGGCUGCAACCUCCCCUCUCGCCAGUGAGAGCCAGGUCGAAGGCAGCAAGGACCUAAGCUUCGAUGAACUGUUUGGCAGCAAGGCACACAAACGGUCAGAAUCUCAGCAAGGAAACGACUUUGAGGAGGCAUUUGCUUCUAUGAAGCAUGUACCUGGAGCUGAGCAUACAAACGGAGCUACAUCAGCCCGUCCAUCUGAAUUCCCACCGAUUCAAGAGCUACACCAUGACGAUGAAGAAGAUGAGAGCUCCGACGACGAGGCCGCUCUGGGAUUCGAUGACAACUUCACGCCUCCCGCACCAAAUACCAAAAAGGAGACCCAGCAGGAUUCCAUUGACGCUGCUCAACUGGCUGCUUUCCCUGUCCCGGGAACCUCAAACAAGCCCCCGUCUCCUGGGGCACUACAAAGCCCUCCAGAGUAUGAAGCUCCGAAAGAAGAUAACGUUCAUCUUCCUCCUCAAUUCAAUGGCCUUUUGCCCGAGCGCGUCGAUCCCACCGUGGCACCGGAUGCGCCUCAUUCAGUGGAGCACACCACUGGUGCGCCAGUCGUAAGCAAUGAGACCCAACGGGAUUCUAUCUCGGAUGCUGCCAUCCCACCCGGUGGAGCGAAGGUGGGAGGACCGGACUUCGAGGCAGCCUUCGCGGGAAUGAACCUUGCGCCCGCGACCGAAGCCGAUGACGAUGACGAGGACGAGCCACAGAGUCAUGAAGCCAAAAACACGACUGACUUUGAUUUCUCUUUCGAUUCUCCGUCCCAGAAGCAGCAAGCUAUCUCCGGUGCCGAUGUUGAUCAAUCCAGCUCCUCUCAGUUUUUCGCUUUCGACAACAACGUCCAUGCAUCCGCCGCCCCGCCUGUUGGAUCGCCCAACGAAGGAGAACCCAAGCCGGCUGCGCAUGAAUGGGACGCGCUAUUUGCGCCUCUUGACAACUCCAAGCCCGACACGGGCGAAGACUCGAACGAAGAGAAAUCCAAGAAGCCUGGAUGGGCUCUGAACAACGACACUGGCGAAGAUGACCUGAUCCUUCAGCGGCUGACCGGCAUGGGCUUCACACGGGAUGAGUCCUUGGAUGCCUUGGAGAAAUAUGAUUACAACCUUGACAAGGCUGCGGACCACUUGACUUCGAAGACUUGA